GUAAAAUACUGGCAACACUAGUUACAGUUGUCAUGUCAAAUAAUAGUUCGAGAUAAAAAUGACGAGCUUACUGAAUUUCGAUUAAAAAUAAAAUAAGAAUUUGUAAAAUCAGUCAUGACAGUUUGGGAGAAACUUGAUAAUGGGGAAUGCUACGCAGUUGCUAUAUACAACUUCAGCGGCAAAUGCCCGUCGCAGUUGUCACUGGAUGUGGGCGAGCUGGUGCACGUGGAGGGCGAGACUCGGGACUGGUACUGGGGAACGAGUCUGCGCCGUGACUCCCGCGGCGCCUUCCCCAAGAGCUACGUAGUGAUCAGGGACUGCAUCGUUGACAAAUGUGGGGAGACGGUGCUGGCGUCUUCGGGCGGCGGCGGAGUGGUGCACGACAUAGCAGUCACACUGCGUGAAUGGUUGCAACAUUGGAAGAACUUGUACAUUAACAACGAUGAGCAGUUCAAGUUCAUGGAAGUGAGCAUGCGCGCGCUGCUAGAGUUGCGUGCGCAAGCGGCGAGUGGUGCGCUGCCGCAGGACCAGCUGCGACGGGUCGCUAGGACCUCAGUCUUCACUAUCGAUAGAGGAAACCGAACACUAGGAAUGGAGUUGGCGGUGCGAAACGCCAACGGCCAGUUGGUGGAUCCCCUCAAGAUGUCUUCAUAUAGACUGAAUGCCCUCCAUGAGGAGGCCAACACUAGGAUAGUCAAGAAUAAGCAGGAGUCGACGCCCGCGACGCCGCCGCCGGGCGCGGGCGCGGCGCGCACGUACACGGCGUGCGUGCGCGUGCACAACUUCGUGUGCCGCGUGCCCGAGGCGGCCGAGCUGCACCUCGCGCUGCACGACGCGCUCGGCAACAAGCUCACUGAACACCUGCUCCUGCGCUGGCCCCCGCCUCAUCUCGCACCCACCACUGUCUUGUUCACGGAUUUUGGCAGUGAUAUUAUGAAGAGCGAAAAGAUCUAUUUGGUGUGCUACGUUGUUCGGAUAGGUUCCAUGGAGCCGCAAAACGUUGAUCACAGGCGCAGCUCAGUGGCGGCGGUGCCGGCGCCGGUGGCGGCGGGCGGCAUGCGGCGUCCGUUCGGCGUGGCGUGCGCGGACGUGAAGCGGCACCUCGCCGCCGACGAGCCCGACAAACAUCUACAAGUACCGUUUUAUGCUUAUGAAAAGGAAAACUUGGAUACGUUAUUGAAGAAAGUAAUCGCGAACCGUGACCUCAAAGAUGCGAAACACUCACAAGGAUUGUGGGUGUCGUUACAGUUGGUGGAAGGAGAUUUAAAACAGAUACGUGAAGAGAACCCACACAUAGUGGUCGGUAACACAGCUAUAGCCCGUAAGAUGGGCUUUCCCGAAGUGAUACUGCCGGGCGACGCUCGCAACGACCUCUACGUGACGUUGUGCAGCGGCUCCUUCUCCAAAGGCGGAGGGAAGACCACCGAGAGAAACAUCGAAUUGGUCGCUCGUGUGGUCGAUAAAGAUGGCCGAACUAUACCUGGUGUUGUGUCGAUUGGUGCCGGGUUUCCACUAAUGAACGAGUACACGUCAGUGGUGUACUACCACGACGAUCGGCCGCGGUGGCAAGAAGUGUUUAGGGUGUCGCUAGACAUCGAGCAGUUCAAGGUGGCGCACGUGGUGGUGUCGGCGCGGCACCGCAGCUCCAACGAGGCGAAGGACCGCUCCGAGCGUCCGUUCGCGCUCGCCUACCUGCGCCUGCUCACGCGCGAGGGCACCACCGCGCCCGACGGCACGCACAACCUCGCCGUCUAUAAGAUUGACUACAAACGCGCAAUGACCACCGACGUGGAAACGGAAGCGGCGGCGGCGUGCCUAGGCUUGCCGUCCAAGAGGGACGAGCUUCCAGCCGGCGCCGAGCGGGGCCUGACCCGCGGCCCGCUCUCCCUAGUUCACAGAGACACCUUGACGAUCGCUACUAAACUGUGCUCCACGAAACUGACGCAACGAGAGGAGAUCCUCGGCGUAUUGAAAUGGAGCACUCAUCACGCCGAAGGCACGCUCCGAACAGCGCUCCAACAACUACUUCAAGUGCCCAGUGAAGAGUUGGUUAAAUUCCUUCAGGACAUAUUGGACGCGCUGUUUUGUAUAUUAACACAGGUAGAGGAAGACGAUGAGGUAUAUUCAGACAGAAGCUAUGGAGUGCUUGUACUGGACUGUCUGCUAAGGGUGAUAUCUCUUGUAGCAGAUCAUAAGUACCAACACUUCCAGCCGGUGUUGCACGUGUAUAUAGACGAUAUAUUCUGCGACGCUAUGGCUUACGAACGGUUACUACCAGUAAUGUCGUGGGUGGUGCGUGAAGGCGGCGCGGGCGGGGAGGCGCCGUCCAAGAGGUUACUCGUGUGCAUGAAGUGUGUGGAGAGCUUGGUGCGCGUCGUGGCGCGCUCGCGACUGCUGCGUGCCGCCAUGGACCACCACCACACCAACCUGCACCUCGCCGAUCGGAGAUUCAAUAAGCUUUUCGAGGAUCUACUCGAAUCUCUAAUAUGGCUGAUGCGCUGCGGCGACCACGCGCUCACUUGUCAAGGGUCAGCGUUGAAAUAUUUCCCUCACGCGGUGCCGCACGCGAUCAAAGUGUUUCCAGAGACCGAGUUGUGUGCGUCAAUAGUCCGCGCGCUAGAAGCCCUCCCGCUGGGCCGACUGAGCAAGCAGCGCAUGCUCGCGCUGCUGGAGCUGGUGCGCGGCCCGCUGUGCACGGCGCCCUCCGCGCGCGCCUAUCUGUUGCCGCACCUCGCCGCCACGCUCCGCGCCUUGCUGCGGGACAAGGCAGAGUGGGAUCGCGAGGCGGCGCUCAAGUCGCGCUCAGUGGGAAAGGCUGCGCGUCUACUCGGCGAGGACACCGCGCGGCUGCACGACCACACGCACCACCGGCAGAUCUUGGAGCUCUGCGUGGAGACACUCGGCGAGGUGAUGACUCUCCUUGCGAGAGACGAUGUCGGUCCUGUGGAGGAAGAUCGCGCGGAGCUGGCCAGGAGGCUCAUGCCUACCGUGCUGAAGACAGCCGCCUCGAUGCUGAGGGAACGGAAGGAUGAAGAGCACGCGGUUGCUGCUGAUGAGGCUAUGUUGAGACGAAUCAUCGCUGUUCUUCUGGAUAUGGUUCACCAAGUAUCCGAAGAGCAGAACGCGGUCAUAGUUCGAGCAUUGGAGGCCGAGAGCGUGGGCAGUGCGGGCGCGCUCGUCAACGACGCGCUCGCGCUCAUGCUGGCUCUGCUGCAGCGACCCGUGUACCGACCCCACUGGGCUGACAUGCUGCACUUACAGCAUUAUAUUAUGCUGCAUGCGCUUCGAUUAAUAUCAAAAACGUUGUGCGAAGUUCUGAGCGUGACAGAGCUGUGCGACACCGAAGCGGUGUCAGCUGUCCACUCGCAGUGCAAGGAGUGGUUCGCGGCGGGCGCGGCGCUCGCCACCUCGCCGCCGUUACAACUCGAGACGCUCUCGGCCGCCCGGAGGCAAAGAGUGGCGCAGCUCUACGGAGACAUUCGGAGGGGGCUCGCGCACUGCAUGUGUGAUAUGUGGUUUAAUUUGCAAAAUCACAAGCGCUCGUUCAUCCCGUGUCUGGUGGGUCCGUUCUUAGAAGUAAGCUUCCUUUGCGACGAAGAAGUGAGGAACACCACCAUACCGAUAUUCUUCGACAUGAUGCAGACAGAGUAUAACCACAGUGUCGCUAACGGGGACAGCGUGGAAAGCCACCUUAAAGAACUCGAAAGCGAACUGAUCGACAAAGUGGACGUCCUCGUCGAGCGUGGCCUGUGCGACGCGGCGUGGCGCGCGCGCUUCGUGUCCCUGUGCGGAGCGCUGUGCGCCGCCGCACGCCCUCCGCUGCGCGCGGCCGGCGCGGCGCUCGUGGCGGCGGCCGCGCGGCAACUCGACGCGCUGCUGCAGUACCGCGCCGCCGCACGACACGCGCCCGCGCCCUGCCGCAUGCACCUCGCCACCGCCGUCCUGCACUUCUACCAGGAGAUUGAGAGGCCGCAUAUGUAUAUACGUUACGUGCACAAGCUGGCGGGCAUGCUCCGCGCGGCGCAGCAGUGGACGGAGGCGGGGCUGGCGCUGCGGCUGCACGCGACGCUGCUGUCGUGGGCGCCGGACGCGCUGCCGCCGCGCCUCAGGCACCCCGCGCUGCCGCCCGCCGCGCAGCACACGCACAGGGAACUCAAGGAACACCUCUACCUAGAAAUCGCGGAGCUACUAAACAGCGGACAGCAAUGGGAGCUGGCGGUGGAAAUUGUCAAAGAAUUAGUAUCGGUUUACGAAGAGGAGGCGCUCGGCUACGGACCGUUAGCAGAACUGCACACUCAGCUGGCCCAACUGUAUUCUGCGAUGCUGAGGAAGCCCAGAUCACAUCCUGGAUAUUUUAGGGUCAUAUUCCACGGGAAAGGAUUCCCCGAGCAGUUGAGGAAGCCUUUGGGUCCAAGAAGCACUAUGCCAUCUCAAGGCUUCGUCUACCGAGGUAACGAGUACGAACAACUGUCCGACUUCAGAGAGCGGAUGCUGGAUGAAUGGCCUGAUGCGGAGAUACUGCUGAAGCUCGACCCGCCUGGAGAGGACAUCACCGAGUCUGAUGGACAAUAUCUCCAGAUAAACGCAGUGGACCCAGUGAUGAGUGAUAAAUUGAAGCGAUUGUCCGGGAAGCCGAUCGCCGAACAAAUACUACAAUACUAUAAACACAACAAUGUAGACAAAUUUUAUUUCUCAAGACCGUUCCAUAAACCAGAGGAGUCAUUAGGAUCUAAUGAUGAUUUAUCGAGUCAGAAUGAAUUUGCGACGAGAUGGCUCGAGAGGACAGAGAUAGAGAUUACAGAAAAAUUGCCGGGCAUCCUACGAUGUUUCCCGGUGUCUAUGUCGCGCACGUACUCUAUGGCGCCGGUGCAGGCCGCCACGGAGCAGCUGCGCGCCGCCAACAGAGAACUACGCGCAUUGGCGCUGGCUGCGCGUGCGCCUGACGUGUCGCUGCAGCCGCUCACCAUGCGACUCACCGGCAUCCUCGAUCCAGCGGUGCAAGGCGGCAUAGUGAACUACGAGCGAUCGUUCCUGACGCCGCAGUAUGAGGCGCGUCAUCCCGAGCACGCGACGGAGCUGGCAGAGUUGAAAGAGCUCAUCGCUGAUCAGAUACCGUUGCUUAAAUUCGGUCUGGACGUGCACGGCAAGCGCGCGCCGCCCGAGCUGGAGGAGCUGCACGCGCACCUGACGAAGUGCUUCCGCAGGAUACAGCAGCACGUGCACCAGCGCUACGGACGGAAGAAUUGCGAUAUCGACACUGAAUCGCAAGAGGUGCAACUGCGGGUGACGGUGCGGGACAAUGUGCUCUCAGACUCUACAAAUUCGAGCAAUAAUCGGAUAUCAGACGUCUCCACUGGCAAUGACAGUGUGUCGUCUAAGAGCGCCGGAAGAUUUUUCAGUUUUAACAGCGCCAUAAACCCUCUAUCAAGGAAUAGCAGUGGUGGUGUGGGCAGUUACUUUGGAACGCUACAAAACUCUCCAAAGAGACGAAACAAACGGCAAGUCAGAAAGAGCGAAGUUGGCACGCAAGCGAGCGGCACGCAGAGCCAGUGGUACACGUCGCACGCGCAGAACGGCACCACGUCCCCCGCGACAUCGCUAUACAGCCCGACGUCGUCCGUGUCGGCCUCCACCCCCGUCCCGCCGGACACGCCCAGCCCCUCACCGCUCAGAGAGCUACGACAGGAGCGUUGUUUGCAGCUGGUGACGGAGCGGCCGCUGCGCGCCGACGUGGAGCGCGAGCGCCGUCUGUCGCAGCGCACGAGUCUGCUCACCACCUCCUCCGCUCCGCCCUCCAAUAGAGACUCUAUGGGCACAACAGACUCCAACCAGGAUGAGGAAGAGCCCCCGCCACUACCAAAGAAGUACGCGCACCGAAGUAUGGACCUCGAUAACGACACGAACAACAACAGUAACAACAAUACGACAAACAAUGGUGACACGCCAGUGCCAGCCAGGUAUAAUUACGACACAGUAUGGGCGCCUCGUGGCUCCUUCUUGUACACUUCGCUGGCGCAUAAGAAGAGCAGUGAUAAGGCGCCCACACCACCGCCUAAGAAGAAGAAUGUCCAACAAUAAGUUCUAUAGCAAAAAGACUAAUACAAUAGAAAAAAAUAUCCAGCAUCUGAUAUUAAUGCUGGCAUGAUAGGAAUAUUUAUACAAAUAAAGAAAAAUAUUUUCUAUUUACACCGAUGUAGAUUCGAUUUUCCCGAACCAAUGAAGGAGUGUUUAUUAAUUUCGGUAGAGGGGUACUGUCUUCCAUGUAGAAAGUACGAAGCAAUUAUGGAAAUUCAUGUAAUUAGUAUGUGUAUAUUUAUAUAGCAAUAUUUGAACUAAAUAUUUGUGUAUGAUGUGCAAACAUUUAGGCUACGUUCACACGAUACUCGUGUUAGGUUGGUUUAAAUUACCGGUACUAUGAAAUGGCAGGUUGUCAAGUAAGAAUCCCUACAUUUUCCGAUGUUGAACUGCGUCCACUGUGGCCUUAAAACAAAUUUGAUACAAAACAUAAUCGAUUUUCGUUUUAAUCGAUGAUAGCGAAACUGGUUUGGGAAAUAUAUUUGUGUGUAAUAGAGCGGUGCUAUUUACAAGCAAAUCGGAUAAACACAUACAAUAGUUAUUUAUUGUCAUUAAUUCAUGUUAAACCAUUCAUCAGAUGAGUAUUUUUUUUCGUUAAUUCGAUAAUGUAGUUAUAUUUAAAAUUUAAAAACAUCACAAUUAACAGUUAGUAUCGAUUAAAAUGUCAUAAUUAUUUGCAAAAAAAAUCGAUAUGUGCAAAACGUAUUUUCAGUUUUUCUUGAUAAGAAAUUACGACUUGGAUUAAAUUAUUAGAUAGCUAUAUUUUCUCUGCUUUUGAAAUACUGGAGUGAUUUGUUAAAGGGAGACUUAAAAAUACUUAUUUUUUAUAUUAUCAUGGUUUAAAUACACAUCAAAUACCUGUCAAUAAGUGCCAUUUUAGUUAAUAUUCCAAAGAUAAAAUUCCCUCUAUAAACAUAUUUUUGAAUAUAUUUUCGCGGUUAUAAUUGAUAUUUACAAGAUACCAGUCAAAAGCAAUGCGAUCGAUAUAAUUUGGCUCGUGACGUGAUUUAAUAAUUUAAUUUACUGACACACGUUAGUAAUCACGAUUAUAUUGUAUGGUAAAUUCAUAUCGAUUUAGAUUUAUCGAUAAUCAAAGUUAUCUUGUACAAAACAUUAUUGGUGCUUAACCAAUGCGGAACUAGCAAAAUGAUGACUCAUAUCAUUGGUUUGUAACUUUUUUAUUUGACUAAUAUAUACCUCUAUCUAUCCUGGUUUACAGAAAUUGCAAUAACGUAAUCCACUGCCUACCCUACCCUACCUAGGAUAUCCUAGAAUACCCUAAUAGUGUCGGCCAAAAUGUUCAGUUACCCUAUUCAGUUACCCCAAGUACUCCAGAAGAACAAGUCUUUUGAAUUCCUCUAUUGGUUAAUCAUUUUACUAGCUCCGAAAAAAAGGAGAGUGGAAAGCCCGGAAUAUAGUAAUAUCCUACCGACGAUCGACUCUUUUCGAAUGGCUAUAUCGAUAUUUGUAUAGUUAUUUAUAAGAAGUCUUUACCAUGAUAGUUCUUUAUGACACUAUAAUUUAUUUAUUUUGUAUUGAAACUUAUGAAAAUGUCGUUUUCUAGUCAAAGACUGUGUGUUACUGAAAACGGCAAAACAGAAAAGACGUAGUAAAUGCUCGGCAUUAUUUAAUCGAUAUACAAAUAUAAAAAUAACAAUAUAGUAUGUGUGAAAGUAUGAGAAAUGUGCUUAAAUCAUUACCUUAGGAACUUCAUACAUGCAUAUACAUAGAGAAUAAAUAAUACUCUGUGGCCAUAAAGCACCAAAUAUGUAUAACAUUGUUUAUUUUGUACAUUGUAUAUUGUAUCUUAAGGACACUUAUGGAGGCACUUGGUAAACCUAAAAUUUUUGAACAUGUUUCCGUUUUUUAAUCCAAACUUGCCAAAUUAAAAAUAUUGUAAAUAUCUACAUGAAAUUGCUUUUUAAUGUUUAAGAAGCGUGCUAUUACCAGUAUUAAAUUAGUAUACGUUGAGUUAAAGUCGACAUCAAUUCCAAAUCCGCCUUUAUUUUAUUUAGGCCAUCAUUACUGUCACAUGUUAGUUAUAUUUUUAAAAAAACUUAACACAUUCCCGCCGAUUCUGAGUGAUUUUGAAAAUAUAAGGUGCCUCCAGUGUUGUUUAUACAUAGUGUUACCGAUAUUGUAGUCGUAAGUGAUAGCGUAGUCUGUUGUAGUUAUAUGACUGACAAAGUGAAUACGUAGUGAAAAUUCGUAUAGUGCAUUUCAGAUUUGUGCCUAUUGAUAUUAAAAAAUAAUUUUUCGUUAA